AUGGCCGCCCGCCGCCUCCUCCUGCUCCUCGCCGUUGUCGCCGCGUCCCUCCUCGCUGCCGACGCGCGGCCGUGCCACACCUUCCUCGUCGCCUUCCCCGCCGAUCCCAACCCCAACCCGAACCCCAGCAGAGGCGACGGCGCCGUCCACCACCACCUCGGCAUCCCCCGCGUCGCCACGGUCAUCACCGUCUUCCGCGUCCGCCGCCUCGGUCCGCACGUGCCCCACGGCCACCGCAGCCACCACCACCUCCACUCCAUCCCGGCCAACGUCCAGAUCCACCGCCCCGAUCUCCCGCACCCCGCCGCGGCCGCGGCUGCCGGGCCCCAGGAGCGCGCCAGGGACAUCCUCGUGGUCGUCGUCGGGCUCCUCUUCGGCGUCGCCUGCGGCGCGCUCACCGCUGCCUCCGUGUACCUCGUCUGGUCCAUGGUCGCCGGCGCCGCCACGGCCUCCCCGUACGACGAGCUCUAUGACGACGAGGACGAGGCGUCUGACACCGAGAGCCCCAAGAAGGUCGGCUACGUCAUCAUCCAGGAGCUCGAGGCCCAUGAAGGCGGUAAGAACUAG